AUGAUAUGUCAACAACAUUUACCAUUUAUUGCUAAUCGAGUUAUUGCUGUUAGUCUUACUGAUGAUGAUAACACUCUAGAACAAAUCAAUCUGUUUCUUUCAUAUAUACUGUCAUUUAAUAAACUCAUUCAAUUACGAUCACUUUCAUUAUACUAUGUUCGUUCAUAUGAAACACUAAUGAAAAUCUUAGAUCAAUGUCAUCGUCUUUGUUAUCUCACUCAUUUAAAUAUCUCCGAUUGUUAUUUUCAAGCUAAUCAAGUGGAUUUUCAAUUACUUGCCUAUAGCAUUUGGAGUUUACCUAGACUUAUGCAUUGCAAUUUUGAAGUUGUUGGAUUGAUGAACAUCAAUGCAGUGUCAUCACAUGCUGAUACUUAUCAUUCUCAAUUACAAGAUUUACUUAAUCAUGAACAUAAUCUUCAUUAUUUAUGUAUCCAUCACGAUGCAUCAUUACCUAUACAAAUGUCAUUAUUCAAAUAUGCAAAUACAUCAGUUCGUCAACUCAAUUUAACGGACUAUAAUCGUUAUUACAAUGAAGAAGAAUGUAUUAAAUUAAGUCAUUCACCAUUAUGUAUUCAAUGUGAACUUCUUUCUAUCAUGGUUACUAAUCGUGAAAUAAAUCUUCGUAAAUUUCGUUCAAAAUCAAAAUCAAAUCCAGCUCGACCAUCACCACCUGUAUCAUCAUUUUCAACGAAACAAUCUAAAUCUAAAGCUUUAAACAGAGUUUUAAAUGCUUUACCCGUAAACAAAGACAAACAGUUUGAGUUAAUCAAAGAAAUUGCUGUAGGUUUGAAUAUUGUUAAAUUACAAAAACAAUUUGAACGUAAUCAACAAUCAUUAUCAACAGAUAUAAAAAAAACAACAUCAUAUAAUCUUUGUUUAUGUGUCCAUCACGAGAAUAUAUCUCUUCUUUUACAAGCACUUGAUAAACAUGUACGUGGUAUAAAAUCAAUCGAUUUAAAUUCAUUUAUUAAAUUACUUGUUUGUGAUGAUAGUCAAGAAUUAUGUAUGUUUAGUAAUUGUAAUUUAUAUUCGAAUAAUUUUAAAAUGAAAAUUCAAGAUGAAAUUAUUGAUUCAUCUGUAAUUAUUGAAUGGUCUUUAUGGUCAACAUCAAAAGAAGGUAAGUCAUCGCUCGUCUGA